CAGCUUUGCACGGCAUAGAGAAGAGCGCUAAAGAUUACAAGAAAAAAAAAACGGACGGAAUCCGAAUAUCAAGAGUCGUAUUCGUGUGAGUGAGUGAAGAUGUCGCAGACACUGGAUGAUCUGCUGCAGCAACAGGAGCACGCCCGCCAGCUGCGUCUAGCCACCCGUAAUCCCAAAUUUCGUCGCUUCAAUUCACUGGAUCGCAUCCCCGAGCAUCCCGGCCAAGAUGAGUCCGAGAAUGUGGAGAAUACGCCGCAUCGUCAUUUUAUAACGCUACGUCGCCAACGGACCGCAGAUGGCAGCCUUCUGCGUGGCAAUCAUGUCCAAAACUCAAAUCAAUCCUCAAGCCGAAAUCUUUUGUUGUUUGGACCGCAGCUUUUGAUGCGUCUGUUAAUGAACCUAUUGCGUUAUAUGCUCUACAUUCCACUGUCGAUAGCAGCGCCCAGUUUCUGGCUAUCGGCCGUACUCUGGAUAUUUUGGAAGCUGCUGCGCUUACCCAUCGCUAUGGUCAAAUGGCUGCUUAGCUACGAGGAUGAGCAACCAGGAACACAGCAGCGACAACGGCAACGAACCGUUCUCCUCAGCAGUGGCAGCACCAUUCAGACCCUACAUUUGGCCCGCAAUUUUUACGGGUCCGGUGCACGGGUUGUGGUCUUCGAGUUUGAGGGUCUGUUCGGAUUGACGCGUUUCUCGACUUGCGUGGAUAAGUUUUAUGUGGUGCCAAGACCGAGCAGUGGCAAUGUGGAUCAGUACAUAGCGGCACUGUGUCACAUUGUGCGCAAGGAGCGACCAACUGUCUAUGUGCCCGUCUGUGCCACCAGUCCGGCCUACUACGAUGCGCUGACCAAGCCGCAUCUGGAGCUGUUGGGCUGCGCCAGCUUUGUGCCUGGUGCACGGGAGACCCAACAGCUGGAUGACUGCCUGGAGCUGUUCCAGCGCUGUGAAUCGCAACAGAUAACGCUGCCGCCGCAUACGGUGAUCACGGCACAGGAGCAACUACAUCAGCUGUACGAGCGUGGAUUAGUGUCUGGCUAUCGGAAUAUAUUCAUGGCAUGCGGAAUGCAGGGCGUCAUGGAGCGACACAAGUACAUAUUGCCCAACAGACGAGCGGAGCUGCUGAAGUUCAGUCAGCAUGAGAUCAGUGAACGACAACCUUGGAUGGUGGUGCGUGAUCAGCCCGGCUAUCAUCAUUUUGUCACGUGCACAACGGUCAAGGAUUCGCGGGUCGUCGCCAAUGUCAGCUGCCGUGUGGAGCAUCAUACGAAGAAUCUGAUACCGGUGCGACGAGAGGAUGAGGCACAGAUUGAGCUCUGGCUGAGCAGUUUCUUUGCCAAGGUGCGAUUUCAGCGUAGUAUCAAUGGACACAUCAGCUUCCGGCUGGUCAAGUCGCCGGCGCACGGUGGCCAAUUUGUGCCGCUCGGUGUGAGAUUGGGCGUGGCUCUGCCCUACAUCUGUCACAAUCGUUCACAUGCCCAGCUGCUGUGCCGGGCGAUCAAGUGCAUGUGCAUACACCGGCGAAGUGGCGGAUCGACGACGACAACGGAGGAGGCCAACUGGAGCUGGAGCUGGUCAACGUUGGAGCGCAACACGUCGAAGGUGGCGCUCGAUAAGCGAGAGGCACUGUUCGCCUAUUGGGACCCGUUGCCCUAUUGCGCCUACUAUCACUUUCAGCUGCCGCUGGAAUCCGUCAAGCUAUUUUUGCAGCGACGGAAUCGCAGCGAGACCAAAAGUUUAUCGCCGCGCAUCACGGCGCCGGUUCAUUGAACGACGCAGUGCAGCAACUGCCGGCCGGGGCAGCUAGAAACAGCAACAACAACAGCAGCGCUAGCAACAGCGAGCAGCGAGCAGCGAGAGAGAUUGCACAGACUGAACAAAAUAGCAAUAACAAAUAUGUACAUACUCGUGCCACGUAUAUACAUACA